CCAUCCAUGCCAUAUUUAACAAGUACACCUACCUACUUAACCUACCGUCUUGCGUGCCUGUGAAUAUUUUCUAAAUACCUAAAUCUUUCAUUAAAUUCCAAAUACCUACCUACAUGCUAAGCACUUAAUUGAUGAUCUAGAGAUUUUAAAUAAUCGUAUAUAAAUGUAACUCCUCUUUUUAUAACUUAUGUGUGAAAGAACCACUCUGACCGGCUUGCGAUUAUAAAGAGAACAAGUAAUACAGAUAACUGGGACCUAAGGGAUUGGUAUUAACCUAGAAGGCAAUUAAUAAAUAAAAAUGACUUUGGCUCACAAUAUCCAACAAAUAUCUCGAACAAAAGAUGUUCAAACAUCUCACAAUAUUACUUUUGAUACAAUGUUACUUGCUCCUGAAACCCUACAAGGUCUGAAAAAUGCUGGUUUUUACAAACCUUCACCAAUUCAACUACAUGGAAUUCCAUUAGGAAAAUGUGGUUUUGAUCUUUUAUUAGAAGCCAAGUCAGGAACAGGUAAAACUGCUGUGUUUACAUUAAUAGCAUUGGAAAAACUAGAGUUGAAAAAAGGACUACAAGUGGUAAUCUUAGCGCCCACUAGAGAAAUAGCUGCUCAAAUAUGUGAUGUUAUAAAACAAAUUGGAUCUGGUUAUAAAGGGUUGACAGUUGAAGUUGUAAUGGGAGGCCUACCAGUAAAGGAAGAUAUUGCGAAAUUCAAAAGAAAUGUCCACAUUGUUGUUGGUAGUCCAGGAAGGUUACGUCACCUUAUAGAUAAACACAUUAAUACCUCUUCUGUACGACUUCUAAUUCUAGAUGAAGCUGACAAAUUGAUGGAAAAGAGUUUCCAAGAUGAUGUUAAAUACAUAUUUUCCUCUUUGCCAUCUCAGAAACAAGUAAUCAUGAGUAGUGCCACAUAUACAGAAACUGAAAAUAUAUUUAUUCAUGAUUAUGUGCAAAAUGCUCAACAUAUUUGUCCUAAUAAUAAUUGUGUACUUUUAGGAGUUGAUCAAAAAAUAAGUCUAGUAAAGUAUAACAUUAAUAUUGUAAAACAAACUCAAAUCAGAUUUCAAGAAGUUCUCAAAAUAUUUUCUAAAAUUCAAUUCAAGCAAUGUCUUAUAUUUUGUAACUAUCAAGUGAGAGUCUCAGAAUUACAUAAAUUACUGUCACAUGCGAAUUGGCCAGCAGAACAGUUAUCUGGAAAUCAAGAACAAAUGGAUCGCCUGGAUGCAUUAAAAACUUUACAAGAAUAUAAAUGCAGGAUUUUGAUAGCCACAGAUCUGGCAGCUCGUGGUAUUGAUGCUUCAAAUAUUGAUUUGGUCAUUAAUUUUGAGCCCCCUUUUGAGUGGCAAACAUACUUACAUAGAAUUGGAAGGGCAGGUCGUUUUGGUACAUAUGGAAUGGCAAUUACAAUACUGAGUGAAGGAAAAGAAGCAAAGAAAUUUCACAAAAUAUUAGAGCCCAUGAUAGAAAUGAUAAAUUUAACUAAUCUGUGGGAUAAUGAUGAAGUUAGUGCCAUCAAAGGUUUUUCCCCCACAUAUUCACUUAAUACAGGUAAAAUUAAUGAAACUAUUCAAGCAAACAAACAAGAAAUUAAUAGCGAGAUUAAAGAACUAUGGAAGGUGUUAACAUCAAAUGAAGAAACAAAGAAAGAAAAAGCAUUAGAAAGUUUUGAACAUUUGUGUACAUCAUUUAAUAAAAGUAACUCAAAUAUUAAAACAUUUGAUGAAUUAUUACUAUCUUUCGAAAACGAUCAACAUUAUAGAGAUGUAGAUUUAAAAUUUAAACAUUUCAAUAUAUUCAGUGGACCUUGUAAAUCUAUUUGUAUUUCAUUAAAAAAGUAUUUUAAUAUGACAGGAAAAGAGAAAGAAGAAAAUAAUAAUAUUAGUGAAACUUGUCCUGGAAAGGCUGAGUUAAUAAAUAUUUAUCAAAAAGAAAAUGAAAAAGUGAACAAGUGUCAUAACUCUUAUGUGAGUAAUGGAUGCAUAACUGCUUCCACAAAUACCAUCAAGUCUAAUUUUGGUGCAAACAGUUGUAGUGGGAAAUAUGAUAAUACUAAUUACUGUAAGAAAGUUCAUAAUAAUGAAAAUGCUAAUGAUCAUUCCAGUAAACACAAUGACAUUAAUUUAAGAAAUAGUAAAAACUACCAUGACUAUUCCAUUGAAAAAGAAGAAACUAGUGUUAAUUCAAUUGAUUACACAGAUACAAUCAGUGAAUAUAAUUUUGCCAUAAAUAAUCCUACCGAGAAAAAUGAUGAUACAAAGCAAGCACUUCUUGAUGCAGGACUUCCAACAGAAUUUGGUAAAUCAAAGAAAAACAUACAAUUUCGUGUCAACCAAAGCAGACCAAAAAAAAAACCUUCAGAAAACAGAAACACAAGAUCAUUUGAUUCAUCAAAUAUUCAAAACAACAAAAGUUGUAGAAACAUUAUUAGAAGUGAUCAAAAUUCAAAAUCGGAAAGAAACACCAUGAAUAAUUUUAAUAGGGAAAGUCCCUGUUUUAUUAAUAAUAAUAAACGAAAACCAAAAAGCAGUACUAGAUAUAGGGAAGCAACCAGCAGUUCUGAUAACAUUUCUGAAAAUUAUGUCAGGUGGUACAGGAAUCUUAAAUUCCAGAUGAAGCAAAUUGAAUUAGCGGUAUAUAUUGAUGAAUUAUCAAAAUUGUAAGAUAUAAAUAAAAAAUGAAAUCAAAUAUUCAAGGUUAUAUUUAUAAUAUGGAAACAAACUACUUCCGCGUGAAUGUUCACGUCUUACGUACUACAAUAUAUCCAUUGACUAGUCUAGGUACACUGUUGGCUAGCCUUGUUUUAGUCUCAAGAGAGAAAAUAAGAUUCUCAGCCAAAACUGAAACACAAAGUAACAGAAAGUUCAUAAAGUUGGUAUUUGUAUAGCCUUAAAUUAUCAUAAGAGUGAAUUAAAUGAAAUUGAAGUCUGAUAUUGUCAUGCGCAUGCGCCUGCUUUACGUGAGGUUAAUCAGAGACAAGGGAUUUUAAAUGAAAUAUAUAGGUAACUUAUUUGUACAUACCAUUUAUUGGAAUAAUGUAAAAAUACGGCGAUUUUCUCAUAAAUAAAUAAAAAAUAUGUAACAAAAAGAUACAAUAUUUUAAUACUAAAUGCUUAUAUUGAUAACAGCUUAAAUGGAGUACCAGAUUUUUUCUCAAUGUCUAUACAUAUACCUAAUAUGUAUAAUUACAUAAUACAUUAGGAACAAAAAUGGAAUUCAUAUUGAAGAUAUUAGGUCCUUACGUAUGAAAUUAGCUUUUUGUUGUACUGGCCAAUUUAAUCACAAAUUUCUCCUCUUUGGUUAGGAAUUCCAAAUUCAAAUUUAUACAACUAUUUACACAUGUAUUUGUGUUUCGUUAACCGUUUGUUUUACACAUGUAUUUGUUUUUUUCUUCUGAUUUUUCUGUUUGCGUUACUCAGUUUACAAAAUGGAAAACUUGAAA